GACAUGAAGACAGCGUUCCUGCUGGUCGGAGAUUACAACGUGAUCAUCGUGGACUGGAGAGGAGGAAACGGCCUUCCUUACACGCAAGCCACUGCUAACACUCGGCUCGUCGGAGCCGAGAUAAGUCUAAUGAUCGAGAAGCUGGAGACAGUUUUCGGCGCGGAUCCACGGACUUUUCACAUCUUGGGACACAGCCUCGGAAGCCACGCGGCUGGUUAUGCCGGCGAGAGGUUGAAACGGCUCGGCAGGAUCACCGGUAUGGACCCGGCUGAACCAUACUUCGAGAAAAUGCCCAAGGAAGUGCGAAUCGAUCCGACGGAUGCCGACUUUGUCGACAUUGUUCACACCGAUGGAGCUUCGUUCUUCCCUGACGUCUUGAAGGGAGAAGGUCUCGGCUUGUACGACACCGUGGGACACGUGGACUUCUACCCCAACGGGGGUGUCAAGAUGCCGGGCUGCGACGUGGGGUCAAGAAUCUUCAAAUUCGUCACCGAAGGACUAGUGGGCGGUAAGAUUGUCCGCGCCAUGGGGAUCUGCCACCACCAGCGUGCCAUCGACUACGUCAUCGAGUCCAUCACGAACAAGCAGUGCUCGUCGCUGGCCUUCGAGUGUUCGACGCACGAGAUGUUCCACAAGGGACGCUGCUCCGACUGCGGCAGCGACGGCUCGCGCUGCGCCCAGAUGGGCUUUUGGGCAGACCAAUGGAAGCGCUUCAAGAACAACUCCAGGACGAGACGGAUGUUCCUGGACACCAACGCUGACGAGCCGUUCUGUGCUUAUCACUACCUCGUGAACGUCCAGAUGUCCAAGGACUCUCGCUCGUCGCCGGUCACCGGAAAUUUCUUCCUCACCUUGGAAGGCAGCAAGGGGGAAGCGACUGUCAAGGUAAACCGCAGGACCGAAGAGCUGUACCCAGGCGCCAAGUACACGUUUCUGGUCACCACGCCCAGCAGGGUCGGGGUCAUCAAGAAGGCGUCCUUCAAGUACAAGACGGACAAAAUUUUUUUCAAGUCCCGGAUGUUCCUGAAGCACGUCGAGAUCCUCCCGAUGAACAAGCCCACACGGAGAACAAAACUCUCAAAAGACAGCGAAGGACCGCCGACGAUGCCUGUGAAGCUUGCCGCCAACCUCUCGACGAUGUUCAAAGACGGUUCUUUAGCGGACCGCUAUUCGACGGCCCUUCAAAUGGGGUUCAAGGCGGUGGAAUGUCAGUUUCCCUAUGACACUCCCCUCGAAGAAAUUCGGAGUCGGAAAAAGAGUUCUGGGCUCGAGCAAGUGCUUAUCAACUCUUAUCCAGGUGACUUGUCGAAAGGGGAACUUGGAUUUGCCGCAAAGCCGGGCUGCGAGGGCGAAUUUCUGCGUAGCCUGGAAACGACUCUCAACUACGCUAAGGCACUCAAUUGCAACAAGGUUCAUGUGAUGGCUGGAGUUACGGGCGGUCAUUGCGACAAGUCUAUGGAGGAGACCUACGUCAAGAACCUGCGAAAAGCGGCCGAUAUGUUUGAGAAGGAAGAUAUUGUGGGUGUCAUCGAGCCGCUGUGCAAACAAGUCAAGCCAGGUUAUUUCCUCGACAACUACGAGAAAGGUGCAAAGUAUGUAGCCGAGAUCAACCACAAGAACAUGAGGCUGCUCUUGGACGUCUUCCACAUGCAAAUGUUGUCCGGAAACCUGACAAACACCAUUAGGGAAAUAUUCCCAUUGGUCGGUCAUGUCCAGGUGUCCCAGGCUCCGAACCGGCAAGAGCCUAGCGCACCUGGCGAGAUCAACUACCGCUACAUUUUCGAGCUGAUCGAAGAACUCGGCUACAGGGAUUGGAUCGGCUUAGAGUACUUCCCGAGCGGUUCAACAGCUGACAGCAUCACCUGGAUAAAGGACUACGGCUAUGUGUUGUGAAGCAUCGGAUUUGGUUACUAGGUCCAGUGUAGGUGUUGGUAAAGGCAACGUGGGCAUUAUUUUGCUUGCAUGCCUCAACUAAAAACUCGUUACAUGGCAUGUAAACAGCGUCUCGGUAAGGAUCAUCGCCAGGGCCCGGGGGGGAGGACUUUAACCCCCCCCCCCCCUCGGAUCUCACCAGGGGAGGCAAGAGCCCCAAUGCCCCCCCCCCCCCCGCCUUUGUCUACGCCUAUGCUCAGGACCAUGUGGGAGCAUUUAGCGGGUAAACAAAAGCACAAGGUACUCAAAUAUUAGAAGAACUUGCAUGCCAUAUAACUAGGGUUCCUUGUUUUUUGGGUUUAUUGUUCUUUGGGUUCUGUUCUUUUUUUUGGGGGGGUUCAUUAUUUUUUCUGGAUUCAGUGUUUUUCUGUGUUUAUUUUCAAUGCCAGACAACAAAUCGGGGUUUAUCAGGGUUACUGUUGUAAUACAGCCGACCCAAAUACUUGAAAAAUACCGUCCCGGUAUACAAUAAUACAGCACGAUACACUUUUAUUCCAUUUUUGAUGUAUUACAAUCUAUUCCCACAAGAGCCAAUAAGGCUCGUGUGUGGGAUGUGGCAGGUAUAUGCGGGGGUGAACACACAGUCUUGUGAAGAAUUAAAUUUGUGCCUGUGGCACUGCCUAAUAAUUUUCUGUGCUAAAGGUUGCCGACCCCUGCCUUAAAACAUAGAAUAUUGUUAAAACAAAUUGGACGCAUGUUCAACUUUUUUUUUUGGUGGGGGGGGGGGGGGGUUUAAACUAAAUACAAUAAAAAAAAUUUCUGAGGACAGCAAAGCACUUCUUACGACUUGUGAACGCAAAAGCAUGAAUGUCGUCUCUCACUCCCUUAGUUCGCCUGCGGUCUUCACCAUCAAGAUUGCCAGUCUUAGGAACUUAUAAAAGUAAGCUCUUAUCCGAGUCCAGUGAACCGUACCCUCAAAUAUGGCGUCCAGUGAAUAUGGCUUCCAUAUUUGACUUCCAUAUAUAUAUAUAUUUUUUUUUUAUUUGGUACACCUCCACACAGCUGGUCGUUGUGGUUAAAAAUUACUUGUGUCACUUGGCUCAUAUAUAUCUAUGCCUACAAUCAUGACAAAUGUCGUUGCAAGGAUUUACUUACCCUCAUACUGCGAUGGAUUGUUGUGCGAGCCAAGAUUAAGUGGCACAGAAGUAAUUUUGAAGCACAAAAGCCAGCUGUCUGUAGAUAUAGUGGAGGCGUACCAAAUAAAGAAAAGAUGGGAGCCUCGUGUGUGCAGCUUAGCGUCGGCCAACCGUCGUUGGCGCUGCUAGACAGUGAGAUGGCAUUUUCGGAUUUGAGCUAGCUUUCUUAACCUCUGUCAUUACGCUUUUAUUAGCAGUCACGUAAUGCCCCUGUGCGGGAUCGCAGUGCCAUUGGAAUGAAGGGUUGUUUUCGUGUAUCUUUCUAAUAAAAUUCGUCAGUUGAUAGUUGCGUU